AUGAUAUUUUAUUUAGAUCCUUUUUUCGAUAAUCUGAUACAAAUAUUUAAAUUGCUGCAAGUUAUAUGGUCUAUGUUGUUAUUGCAAUCCUUGAAUUUCUAUAAGCUUUACUCUCUAAAUAAUAAAUCUAGCAUUAAUUCUGAAACUGCAGCUAAAUUCUAAAAUUUAUUUUUUUUUAUGCCUUAGAUACUUUAGGAAGGUUAAAUUUUAUUAAAUAUUUUAUUUUAGUAAAUCUGAUGAUUUAUUUUAAUAAGGAGUUUAAAUGACAUUAGAAUUCUAAGCUGCUCUUUUUGAUAAAACUAAUAAUCUUAUUGAAGA